AUGGAUCUAACAAAGGUGCCACGAAAGGUCUGGGAACAUCCCAAUCCCAAAAGUACGGCUAUGUGGGCUUUUAUGCAAGAAGCAAACAGAAUCCACGGACUCAAUCUCAAGACCUUUAAUGACUUAUACGAAUGGUCCUGCUCUAAGCGCAGCGACUUCUACGCCCAACUCUGGGCCACCCAGAAAUGGAUCCACGAAGGUUCCUACUCAUACGUAGUAGACGAGUCAAUCCCCAUCACCAAACUUCCCACAUGGUUCCCUGGUAUCCAUCUCAACUAUGCCGAGAAUAUGCUCUGGACCGCAGGCAACGCACCAGGCGAGCGCUCAACUCUCCACAAAGAAGAUGACACCAUCGCCAUCACUGAAGUGCGCGAGGGUAAUUCUUCUGUGAGGAAUGUCGCAUGGGGAGAUUUGAGACAGAGAGUUGCGAAGACGGCGAGUGCAUUGAAGCAGAGAGGUGUGAAGAAGGGAGAUCGGGUGGUUAUGGUUGGUGCGCAUUCUGUUGAGACUUGUGUGGUGUUUUUGGCUAUUACUUGGCUUGGAGGGUUGUUUAGUAGUAGUUCGACGGAUAUGGGCGUUGGUGGUUUGCUGCAGAGAACAGUUCAGAUCGAUCCCAAGUUUGUUUUCUUCGAUGAUGGGGCUUUGUACAAUGGUAAAGUCAUCGAUCUUCGCGACAAGAUCAAGGGCGUGGUAGAAGGACUGAAAGAGUGUCCCUCUUUCAAAGGCGGAAUCAUUGUUCAGCGCUUUGACACUCCUCGAGAUACUUCUGCCAUUCCUCAGACGCAGCGCCUUGAGGAUUUCCUCGCUACAGCAUCUUCAACGCCGCCACCCAUUGAAAGGGUCGGCUUCCAAGACCCAAUGGUAGUUUACUAUUCAUCCGGAACUACAGGAACACCCAAAGCCGUCGUCCACGGCGUCGGUCCUAUUCUCGUAUCAGUCGCCAAAGAGGGUGUUCUUCAUCGCGAACUCACUCACAAAGAUGUAGCACUCCAAUACACGACAACAGGAUGGAUUAUGUACCUCGCCAGUGUCACUAGACUCGCUUUCGGUGGACGGACUGUUUUCUACGAUGGUUCGCCUUUUGUACCAGAUCGAUCUGUCUUGUUAAGAAUUGUGGAGGAGCAAAAGGUCACGAACCUGGGCAUUUCACCAAGAUGGUUGGGUGAACUUAUGAAGGAGGGCAUUGUCCCUCAGAAGGAAGCCAAUCUGAACAGCCUCACGGCUGUUUUGAGUACGGGGAUGGUGUUGAAGGAGAAUGUGUUUGAAUGGUUCUAUGAUGGAGCUUUCCCUAACCAUAUCAAGUUGGCCAACUUUUCAGGAGGUACAGAUAUUGCCGCCUGCUUCGUCAUGGAGAAUCCUCUCAGUCCCAUCUACGCCGGCGGCUGUCCAGGAAAAGUCCUCGGCACUCCCAUGGCCAUCUACCCAUCCUCAGCCGACCUAACAAAGCCAAUCUCUCCAGUCCCAGACGGUGAACCAGGCGAUCUAGUAGGAACAGCAGCAUUCCCCAACGUCCCUCUCUAUCUCUGGAACGACACUUCUCCCGCCCCAGGUGAAAAGUACACAUCGGCCUACUUUGCUCGAUUCCCUGGGGUAUGGUCACAAGGCGACUUCGCAGCAGUUCAUCCACAAACAGGCCACAUUCACAUCCUUGGCCGCUCUGAUGGUGUUUUGAAUCCAAGUGGUAUUCGCUUUGGAAGUGCGGAUAUUUACGCUGUGCUUGAAGGCGGGUUUGCAAAGGAGGUUGCGGAGAGUCUUUGCGUAGGACAGAGACGACCACAGGAUCAUGAUGAGAGUGUUGUCUUGUUCUUGUUGAUGAAGCCUGGCGUUAAGUUUACGGCUGAGCUUGCGAAGAGCAUUCGAGAGAGAAUUGCGAAGGAGUUGACGAAGAGACAUGUGCCCAAGUAUAUCUUUGAGGUACCUGAUAUCCCGGUCACUGUCAAUGGCAAAAAGGUCGAGUUGCCAGUAAAACAAAUCAUUUCAGGAAGCACCAUCAAGCCAAGCGGAACAUUAUUGAACCCUCAGAGUCUGGACUAUUUCUAUCAGUUUCAAAAGAUUGAAGAGGUCGAUCAAGUUCGAGCAAAGUUGUAG